UUUCCUCCCUAACCCAAGCAGUUCAUCAAACACGCGCACUCUUCAUCCAACAUGGCAGCCAAUUCCCGGACGCUCGAAAUCAAGGUGAUCUCCGCCGAGAACCUGCAAUUAGAUCGAAAACCCAUCAAGAAAAACGCCUCCGUGACCGUCCGGACCGACACCAACAGCCAGUUUCGCACCACGGACAUGGACACUGAAGGCGGCGCCUACCCACGGUGGAAUGAGACGCUCGUGCUCGACUUGCCAACGCACUCGAAGUCCAUCACGGUGGAGGUCCAAUGCAAGACUUCGUCCAGCGUCAGGACGAUCGGGACGGCCACGAUUCCGGCGUCGGAUUUUGUUGGCGGGUACGUGCCGGAGGGUUACCUGCAUUUUUUGAGUUACAGGCUGAGAGAUCACAAGGGGGAGAGGAAUGGGAUUAUUAAUAUUUCUGUGAGUAUGGAGGCUCAGAAGAUGUACGCUUGUGCAAGUUCAACGACGUGGUCUCACUCGACGAUGGGGUUUCCGGCGACUGGGAACAAAAGUUUUGGCAGCGGCGUUGUGACCGGAGUUCCGGUUUGGUAUGGUGUGUAUCAGAAAGAUUAUUGAAGACCCAAGUCACAAUAUUUUGUGCAUAAAUAUUAGAGGGUUUAGGCUUUUGGUCAAGGAGAAUACGAACUCAACAUGUUUUGUGUUCUUGUAGGAAAUUUGAUGCAACCAUUCAAUUCAUUGUUACAAUACAUGAUUAAAAGAAAUUUUCUCAAUAUAUUAUAGAGAUUGUAAUUCUAUA